CCUACCGAUCUCAAUCCAUUCGCUCCAAAAACAACCGCCGAUAUGUCUCAAGCACAACCCCUCCACAUCAACUCCGCUCUGACGCUCUCCCUCCUGACCUCUCUGGGCGGAAUGAUCGGCUACGCACGCACCGGCUCGAUCCCCUCCGUGGUGGCCGGCGUCUCGGUCGGCGCGCUUUAUCUGUACUCGUUUUCGCGACUGCGCGGCGGCCAGGCCUACGGCGAGGAGCUGGGCCUGCUGGCGUCCGUGGUUCUGGGCGGGAGCUCCAUCCCGCGCGCCAUCAAGACGCGCAAGGUGGUGCCCGCGGCGUUGAGCUUGGUUGCUGCGUACGGGCUGUUGGUGUUUGGGGCCGGGGUGAAGGGGAACUUGAAGAAGGCUUGAUUUAUUGAGCUCAUUGUUCGAGUUCGGGUUGGAGAGGAAUAUGUAAGGCAGUGCCUGCGGGAUGGGUACGUUGUCCGAUUGUAUUAUAUUGAAAUCUUGGGAGCC